AUGGAUUCCCAGCCUACCGCCAAGGCUCUGCACAACCGCAUCAAUGCCGACAUUUCCCAGCUGCUGCAGCGGUACGAGAAUAUCAUGGCCACCGCGACCGUCGAGAACCCAAGUCACACAGCCACUGCUGUGGAGACCUACCAAAUUGACGUGGAGUCGACCGCUUUGAUCCGUGCCGCCGAGGAUCUUCUCUCCCUCACCCGUACCAUGAAGGAAAUGUGGUUGUUCGGGAAGCUUGAUACCAUUGGCGAGGACGAGCGUGAUGUGGAGCGCCGUGAGAAGUUAGACAAGGAUGUCCUUGCUGUGGAGAAGGCUCUCAGGAAGAAUAGUCUGUUGAAGCUUGCUCCUGAGAAGUAG